GUUUGGCCGCGACCCCUGCGACGCGCAUUUGUUGAGAGGCGGCCUACUACGAACUACCGUCGAUGGCGUUCCUCGCGCCUCCGCAGUUCAAGUGGCCCCUUUCCACCCGUGCGGCGGCGGUGUUCAGGGAGCCCACCGGCGGCGCAGGCUCCCGCCCCAGUCGGAUAAACUGUUCUUUCUCCUCCACGGCAGUCGUCGAUGCAGAGUGCUUAUCCGUCGGGCCGCCGCCUUCUCCUCACCGAACGCUUCCGGGCUGUUUCGGUGAGGCACUUCUUAACAAGGAGGCAGUGGUGGCGGCCGCGGCCGCGGAAGCCGUCGCUCUGGCUCGCGCAGCGGCCGAGGUCGCCGGAGAAGUCGCCCGGAUGGCGCAGAAUGAUCACCCGGCUGCCUUACCGCCGCGCGAUGACACGGUGGAUAGCUUCCUGUCAAGAGAGGUCCUCCGCUCCGAGGUGGGGCUGGAUGCCAGGCGCGCCGGGCUCGUCGAAAUGCUGGAGGGCGAAGAGCACAGCAGCAUUUUCAGCGACGAAUCCGAGGAUGACGAUGAUGGCGGGCAUAGCAUAGCCGUAACGGUGAAGUCGGCGCGGCGGUCCGAGAGAAGGGCUCGGAGAGUGAGGGCAGCGAUGAAGACGGCCAAGUGUUCCAGCAGCAUGAAGCCCGUUGGAGCGUCCUCCACAAGGAGGAAACGGUUGAAGGGUUGCCUGACUCCUCUCGGGUGCUUGUACAAGAUGACCGGCCCGAGGCUUCUGACGGCGGAACAAGAAGUCGAAUUCUCAGAAGGCAUUCAGGACCUUCUGAAACUGGAAGCCAUCCAAAAGGAGGUUGCGCAGUAUAAUGCUGGUGAACCAACGUUUUCCCAGUGGGCGGCAGCAGCCGGGACCGAUGAGAACACUCUGCGGAGACGCCUGAAUCAUGGAGUCUACUGCAAGAACAGGAUGGUGAAAUCUAACGUGCGGCUUGUAAUCUCGAUUGCAAAAGAACACGAAGGCCCCGGGAUGGAGUUCUCUGAUCUUAUUCAGGAUGGAAUGCAAGGCCUGAUAAGAGGCGCGGAAAAGUUCGACGCUUCCAAGGGUUUUAGAUUCUCCACUUACUCUCACUGGUGGAUUAAACAAGCAAUACGCAAGUCCGUUUUAGAACAAACCCAGAUAAUCCGCCUGCCGGCACACAUGGCUGAAGCGAGUUCCCGAGUGAAGGAAUGCUGCCGGCGACUCGGCCGUGAGCUGAAACGGCUCCCCAGCAACGAAGAGAUCGCGGUGGACACUGGCAUGACGAUCCGGCGGGUGGAGGCGGCCAUGAGCCUCCCGAAAUACAGCGUGUCCUUCACGAGCAAGGUCGGGUGCACGGACGUCACGUACCAGGAGAUCAUGCCGGACACGAGCGCCGAGACGGCGGAGGAGACGCUGCACCGGUGGCUGAUGAAGAAGGACGUGAACACGGCGCUGGACAGCCUGAGCCCGCGCGAGAAGCAGGUGAUGCGGUACCGGUUCGGCAUCGAGGGCGGGCGGGCCAGGACCCUGCACGACAUCGGGCAGCUCAUGGGGGUCAGCCGGGAGCGGAUCCGGCAGAUCGAGCUGGGCGCGUUCCGGAAGCUGCGGAGCAAGAACAGGUUGCAGUCGCUGCAGCACUACCUGCGGCCGGCGGAGAGCUGGUAGCCAUGUCAGGUGCUGCGCUACGACUACGAUACGACUUCGACGAGACCAUAACCCGCAUCGUUGCACAUGGCUUUCCAUGAUGUAUGUAUGUACGCCGUUCCUAUUUACAGGAUUUAAAGUAUACGCGUUCGAUCCAUUUUCUUGUCUAUGUUAUAUAGCACUAUGUGUAUAAAGAAGACGAAACAACAUUUUUUUAACGCAAAAAAAACAAGAAUUAUGGAGAUAGACUAUAA